AUGGCCCAUCAAAGACUCCCGGCCGGUGCCCUUAGAGCCUCUGCCCUGCUCCGGGUUACCAAAAAACCUCUAUUUAAACUACUACAACCCAGCUCUACAUCUUCCCUUUUCUUCUCCACAUCAUGCAUCCGCAACUUUGCUCAACAGCAGUCCCCUCACCGCCGUAGCAGACCCCAGGCUCCGCCUAAAGAUUCCUCUCUUUCGGAUCGCUACAACCAGCUCAAGCUUGCCUGGCGCAGCCUCAACGAGCACCCCAGGUUCCGCACAGGUGCCUCUGUCUUUCUCAUCAUGCUCUAUGCCGCAGCUGCCUACGCUGGUGUUCAGUACCUCUCCGACACAAAAUACAAGGCCACCGGAGAACCAAACCCUUACAAAAAGCGCGAGGAUGUCGAGCGCGAACGUUUGAAUACUACCUCCAUUAAAGACAUUGCAUCUGAAUCUGGAAUUGAUACCCUUACUGAUAAAGACGGAGGUGCUGAUGACACCACUGCUCCCACUUCUGGCAAACCAGGAAUCCCAGCUCCUAGAGAUACCACUGAAAUCUUUGACCAGAUGGCCCGUGAGUACGAUGACAAGAUCUGGCUUGAAGAACUGACUUCCCACAUUUGGUACCGCCGUCGUCAAGUCAUGAAGAACGUCGAGGGUGAUGUUCUCGAAGUUUCCUGUGGUACCGGCCGUAACAUCUCCUACUUUGAUCCUGAACGCAUCACUUCUGUCACCUUUAUGGACUCAUCUCGCUCUAUGCUCGAGGUUGCCCGUGAAAAGUUUACUGAAAAAUUCCCCACUUACGAGCAUGUCCAAUACGUUCGUGGUCGUGCCGAGGACUUGGCCAAAAUGGCUGCUGGAUCCGGCCAAAAGUUUGACACAAUCUAUGAAACUUUUGGUCUGUGCUCUCACGAAGACCCCUCGGCUGCACUCCGCAACUUUGAGGCCCUGCUUCGCAAAAAUGGUCGCAUCGUACUUCUCGAACACGGCCGCUCAACUUACAAUUCUCUUAAUGAAACUAUGGAUAAAAAGGCCGAACAGCGUGUCAAGGAAUGGGGCUGUCGCUGGAACCUCGACAUUGACCAAAUUGUUCAAUCCUCUGGCCUCGAAGUGGUCGAAAGUGACCGAUAUCACUUUGGCAGUACUUACUUUUACAUUCUCAAACGAGCCGGAGACAACUAG